AUCAAGGUUUUGGUGGAAAUCAAGGUCAAGGUGGUGGGCGGGGUGUCGGAAGAGGGCAAGGUGUGAGUGGCGUGCAAGGUAGUGGUGGUUCUCGCGGCAUGCGCUACGGCCAACAUGUCACUGGAUCGGGUCAUGGUUCUCGGGGCUACGGUAAUGGACAACAAAACUACAGGCAAAGUUCUGCAGCAAACAUAGCGGCCAAGCGUGCUCGUGCGGUAAAAUUCCGAUCAGGUUUGCAAAAGUUAAAGAAAGAAGAACGGGCAGCGUUUGUCGUAGCAGCCAUUGUCCAUAAGGGGAAGAAGUCCCUGGAGCAGAGCAAGUCUACAGGGAACCUUCUCAAGUCCGUCAAUAUUGUCUCCACCUUAGCGUCCGUCGUGAACCGUAUUCCAGUGUCUGAUGAUGAGAGUUUGGUUACUAAAACCAUGAAAGAUGGGCAGUCGGACAACAAGUGGGGUGAACUCUGGAAAGACGUCAAAAAGCCGACGAGCACAAUAGCAAAGAAAAUCAUCGCCCACUCGAGGGAAGAUAUGGUUGACAUUCUGAACCACAGCUCAAGUCAGAUCAGCAGUAUGAAUGGUGACCAAGUCGGAGCCCUUGCUGGUGGUCUGGCCAUGGUGUUGGCGGUGCCGUCACGUACAUCACUGCAAGCGGCGGUGAAGAGCGUCGGUAUUGGGUUGAAGGCUGCUAAACAACUCCAAAACAUCACCACUCAAAGACCCUAUCCGGCCAAGGAGGAAAUCGAGCAUGGAUCAAAAGGAGUGGUGAAGUACCUUGGAAAGUUGUUGGAGACGACAACACCCGACUCUUCACUGCGCAUGCCUAAAGAGAUAUCCGAGGACACCAUGAGCACCCCGACCGACGCGUCCGACACUCACUAUGAGGAGAAUUUGUUCCUCAUGAGAAAGAACGCCAAGCUGAAUAAGAUAAAUGCCAUGAAACAAGCCAAGGCGACAAAGAAAGUGUUACCCAAAGUGAAGCAGGCCAUUGAACAUGUCCUGAAUACCAUGGAGAGCAUGGUCGUGAAGAACCAGAAACCGCUGACCUACAAGACCGAUACAUUGAGCGUGGCAGUGCAGAAGAAGAGUCCAAACAACAUCGGUGACGUAAUCCGUACAGAGGAGUUUGAGUUUAAAUUUGUGGCACCUUCAGUGGGGACAAAUAUGUUGGAAUCCCUGAAAGAUCCAGUUGUUGAUACCGUGGUUUUCAAAAAUAAUCCCUUUGUAAAUUCGGCUGAUGGAUCCUCUGACGACAUCACGUCCUCCGUUCUUGAACUUACACUGAAGGAUAACAACCAGACCAUCAUCGAUGUUCCUCUGAAGCUGAAGAUCCGGUCGCCAAGCCCUGCAAAGGAAAACAUCUAUCACAUGAAGGAAACUAUGUCUGGUCCGUCACAGAUGAUGUACCAUCGCUUCCUCCUCAGAAACACCGAGGACUCCACCUUUAUCUAUGUCAGAACACCACCCCAGGUGACGAACGUUACCGGUUAUCUUCGCAGUGGUCGUGCACCUACAAUGAAGAAAUUUGACGUGAAAGUAGUUGGUCUUAAAGAGGAAUGGAAGGGCCAGGAUGCUUACAAAAUUAUUAUACCCGCUCAUUCUUUGAAAAAUGGCACAGUCUACUUGGCACUGAAAAUGACGUUCCUGCCAGGGACCGUACUCCAUGGGAGAACAAAGCGUUCAGCGCCUGCCUCCAGUGGCAACACCUCCGGAGAUGAUUACAUGUUUUCUCACGACUACAUCGACGAAGACUACAUGCAGUUCAACACAUCAGACGCCGUGUAUGCAGAGCUGGAGGACGGGGAGUACGGGCUGGUGAUGGUCACUGACGGCUGUAGGGUAUGGGACCCCGAAAAGGAGAUUUGGGAUGCCAAGGCUUGCGAGAUCUCUCCGUACUCGAACCCAAAGGAAACCUUCUGCACGUGUGCCCACGCCCCAGGCAGAGCGUUUGCUACCACCUUCUACGUCCCACCAAACACCAUCGACUUCUCGCUCGUCUUCACGAAGUUUGACGCCAGCAACGCAGCCGUGUACGGACUCAUCAUCGGCAUCAUCUCGGUCUACAUCCUGGGACUCAUCUGGGCCAGGAGACAGGAUCGCAAGGAUGUGGAGAGGUGGCGAGUUGGCUACCUCGUGGAUAAUCUGACGUCAGACAAAUACUUCUACCUGCUCCAAGUCCACACCGGCCUCCGCAAGAACUCGGGGACUGAAUCAAGGAUCAGCUUCGUCCUGGCUGGCGAACAGGGAGACACGGGGGUCCGGAUACUCAGUGAUGGCAAGAGGAGUAUAGCCACGGGAAGCGUGAUGAACUACAUCCUCGCUGUGCCAGGGCAGCUGGCCGAUCUGUCCUACCUGCGAAUCUGGCAUGACAACUCAGGGCCGGGCUCCAAGUCCUCCUGGUUCCUCAACAAGAUCGUGACGGAGGACCUGCAGACACAACAGAGAUACAUCUUUGCCUGUGACCACUGGCUGGCGGUAGAUAAGGAGGAUGGAAUCAUUGACCGCGUCCUACCCGUGUCGGUCAAGGACGAUUUCAUGACCUUCGACAAGCUUUUCUCUGAGCAUGCGCGUCUUAACAUCACCGACACCCACCUCUGGCUGUCAAUCUUCAUGCGACCAGAACGCUGCACUUUCUCACGUGUCCAGCGCGUGUCCUGCUGCCUGGCACUGUUGUUCCUCAUGAUGAUAUCCAGUGCCAUGUUUUUCAAAUCUCAAGCAGAGAAAGAAGACGAAGAAACAAUUCGUCACGAAGUGAAGAUUGGGGGGCUUCGGUUCUCCAUGACCAGCUUCUAUGUAUCACUGGUCAGUCUAAUGGUCACCAUGCCUCCAACCAUCCUUGUCGUCAUGCUGUUCAAAUCCAGCAAACCCAAGAUGAGGAAAGACCAGGAGAUCCAGGUGACUCGUCCUCAACCACCCAAGAACAGAGCCAACCAAGAUGAAGAAGACGUCUUGACCAACCGAUACAAGAACAAACCUUUGCCACACGUCUUUGUCUACAUUGCCUGGGUGCUGCUUGCUCUGAUUGUGAUGACCUGUGGGUUCUUUCUCAUCCUCUACAGCAUGCAGUGGGGCAAGGCGGUGUCCGAGGAGUGGCUCACCUCCUUCUUCAUGUGCUUCGCGCAAAGCGUUGUUGUCAUGGAUCCUCUAAAGGUUGUUAUUCUGGCAGUCCUCCUCGCCUUCUGUCUCAGAGACCCCUUCGAUUCCAAAGGGGAGAUCGACAUGCAAAGGGUUCAAACGGAGGCUCAGAUGUACGGAAAGGCAGAACUCGACCUGAUGUGCAUCGCCCCUGAACCCCUGCCGGAAUCUGUUCUGGCGAAGGCAAGGCGGAGACGUCGGAAGGAAGUGCGAGCCCAGAGUGUCUUUCUCGAACUCAUCCAGUACGUCGUGUUCCUCUUCGCCAUCUACAGCUUGUCCUUCGGCAACAGAGACGACCGUUCAUUCAUGAUCCACGAACACAUCGAUAACAACCUCUACACUGGGAGUGUCAACCUUGAGUACCCGUUCGAAGGGAUUCAGUCGUAUGACGACUUUUUUACGUGGGCUCAGAGUACGUUCAUCCCCCGAUUGUUCCCAGAAACGGAUAUCAGAGGUAGUCGUCUCCCUUGGCGGAAACGUCUCUUCUUCUCUGACCUCAUCAACUUCCGCGUAGGACCAGCUCGGAUAAGACAGCUUCGGAUGCCUCGACAUCAAAGUCCAUUCUACGGUAGUCAGUACAACACCCUCGUGUCCAGCCAAAAAUACUAUGGGGCAUAUUCUCUGUUCAGUGAGGAUGUCAGCAGCUACUGUCUAAAUUGGAAGAAGCGACCGUGUCCAAUAGACGAGGAUGCCAAAUCCUUGACAUCACCAGCGUGGAAGUACACUUCAUCGAACGAAGUAUGGGGUAUACCAGUAGCCGGACAGUACAAGAUCUACAGUGGAGGAGGCUACAUGCUGGAACUCAAUGUCAACUAUGACGUCUCCAAGGACAUGCUUCAAGAACUGUAUGACAACUCUUGGUUAGACAGACGGACCAGAGCAGUGUUUGUUGAAUUUACCCUUUACAACGCAUUCGUGAACAUCAUGGCCCAUGUCCGUCUUUCAGCCGAGUUCCCGGAAACAGGAAGUACUAUCAUCUGGCACGAUAUAAUGACAUUCCGCCUGGAUCAGCACCAUGGCUCCUUAGGUGCCUAUGUCCUACUGUGUGAGAUCGUGAUAGCCAUCAUCCUCGUUAUCUUCACUAUCAACCUGAUGAAGAAACUGUAUGAACAGAAGCUGGCCUAUUUCCUCCACGUCUGGCAAACCCUGGACCUUCUGACUGUCAUCUGGUGUUUGGUCGCUGUUGUCUUCUAUGUAAUCAGAGAAGUGAAUGCUUCGGAGACACUCAGCAGAUUUAGAGAUAACCCGAAGAAGUUUGUCAACUUCCAGCACAUUGCAAUCUGGGACAAUCUAUUCGUCUAUGCCCUUGGUGCUCUCGUCUUCUCCACCACAAUCAGAAUCCUCAGGAUCCUUGGUUACAACAAACGAGUCACCAUCAUAGCAGCGGUGUUAUCCAACUCUGCCAGGGACUUAACGGGAUUUGGAAUAGUCUUCGGCAUAGUUUUCUUUGCCUAUGUUCUCAGUGGUUAUAUCCUCUUCUCCGCUCACUACUAUGGCUACCAUACCAUCUACGACUCAAUGUUCACAAUCUUUACCUAUAUGUUGGGUAAGAACAUUAUGGCGAGACUGAUGCUGAUUGCUCCGAUCUGGGCCCAGAUCUACUUCUCGACCCUGGUGUUCUUCAUCAUCUUUGUCCUGCUGACGAUGUUUCAGGCCAUCAUGAACAACAGCAUGACAGUGGUUAGAGACAAUCUGAAGAAAAUACCUCCCCCCUAUGGCUUAGUGAACGUUGUCCUAAACAUCUACCGUGCACUCAUCAGGGACUGGCUUCCAGACAGCUUCUUCAAGAAUCAAAAGGGCGUGGUAGUUGUGGAGGAACACAGACGAGGACCGACGUAUCAGGCCCUCAGCCAGCUGCGAGACCAACUGGAGUUGGCUGUCACGGUGAAAGGCGCGUUCAAAAGGAGACCUCUUGGCAAGUCACUAGACCUUCAAGGAAAGCUAGACAAAGUACCGUUGGAAGCAAAGAUUCUGAGAGCACAUGGAGCAAAGGAGUUCGGAGUAGAUGUGAAAAUGAGGCAAUUGGGUGUUCAGGAUUUGGAAGACGAACUAACGAGAACAGGACAAGAAACGAGGCCAAAUCGAGACAAUGGACCGAGUGAUCAAGGGGAUGACAGAACCAAUGAAAAACGAGAUCGAGAGAGUGGAACGAAGCAGAGCCAACAAGAGAGAGAAUCCCAAGAGAAACAUGUUGGCAGAGAGAAAGGAAAGGAAGAAGGCGGACCGAGGUCACGUGAUCCAAGUGCGCAUGAGCUAGGCCGUCACGGGAGACCUCAGAGAAGAAGACCGCGGAUUGUGCAGUAGUUAUGAGAAGAAAUGCUUUGGUUUUGUUGAUUCAAUUUGUUCUGAAACAAAUAUACGUUACUGUUUACUAUAUGUUCCUGCUGUUCACCUUCUGUGACUUGAUGAAAACACCUUACUGCACUGAUGAUGGUGGUAUGUGCCACUGAGACAUGAUCGUGAAUGUAUGUUUAUGUUGUCAGAUAUCACCAACGUGUAACAAAACAAUUACAUCCAUAUUGUUAACGUGUUAUAUAUCCGACUUUACUCAACACUGACAACUCCAAAUUCAGGGUUACUCAAACCGUUUCUCAGUAUAUUACAAGAGCCGAUUGCGAUCUUGUUUUCUGGUCAAAUUUAUGUUUCUUUUACAUUAUUUACCGUACAGUAAAUACUCUUGUAUUGGUGAUUUUAUAACAACUAUAUAACAUGUGCUUGUCAAAAUGUAAUUAUGGCAUAUGUGAUUAUUGAAACAUUUUAAGCGAUAUUUUGUAUUCCACCGCAGUAAAACAUUUAAGUUAUUCAUAUCAAACUUACCUCAAACUACAGUUUUCUGAUGAUGUGUAGGUACAUUUCUUCCUAAGUGUUGUAUGGUGUUCAAAUGUCUUGCAAUAUAUACACUCAAACAGUUUAAUCACAGAUAAUAGUCACAUCUUAUAAUAAUAUAGAUCUACUGUUUAGAACAGCAGAAGUUGUCAUAUUUUAGGUUGAACCAAAACGGAAACAAUAUUGUUACGACCACGAUGGUUUAUCUUAAUAAAAUCAUGUUGAAUCUAA